CAUCUUCAGUUUCCCUCUUUCUCUUCGAAUUUGCAGCAGCCUGAAGAAGAAGAAAAAUGGGUGGCAGAGGAAGAUCUCGAACUCAAAGAAAACACUUUAGACAGAGCAGAGAAAAUGUCUGGAAACGCAGUAAACAUGAUGAUUCAGGGGAGAAACAAGACAGUGUUACUACUACUAAUGAUGGCAACAAAGAACAUCGCCAUUGGGAACCUUUUGCCACCCAAAAUCUUGCCUUUGAUGAGUAUUAUAAGGAGCAAGGAAUAGUGCCAACUGAAGAAUGGGAUACUUUUAUUGGAUUUCUUAGAACUCCAUUGCCUGCUGCAUUCAGAAUCAAUUCCAGUGCCCAGUGCUAUGUGGAUAUUCGUACCAAGUUGGAGAACGAUUUUAUGAAAUCUCUUCAGGCAGAGGGUGUAGAUGGGAGUGAGGUCGAGGGAAUAAAACCAUUACCUUGGUAUCCAGAGAAUCUUGCUUGGCAAUCUAAUUUUUCACGCAAUCAGUUGAGGAAAAACCAAAUACUUGAGAGGUUCCAUGAGUUCUUGAAGCUACAAAAUGAAAUUGGAAACAUUACGAGACAGGAGGCUGUUAGCAUGGUUCCUCCCCUAUUCCUGGAUGUACGUCCCGAUCAUUUUGCCCUUGACAUGUGCGCCGCUCCCGGUUCAAAAACAUUUCAGUUGCUUGAGAUGAUACACCACUUGGCCGAACCAGGGACAUUACCUAGUGGAAUGGUCUUAGCAAAUGAUGUUGAUGUCCAAAGGUGUAACCUUCUUAUUCACCAAACAAAGAGGAUGUCUACUGCCAACUUGAUCGUCACAAACCAUGAAGCGCAGCACUUCUCGAGCUGUCGUUUAGAUAGAAAAUUUGCAAAUGGUUCUGAGACGCAAACAGUGAGGGAAUUAGAUAUUAAUCAACUUCAAUUUGAUCGUGUGUUGUGUGAUGUUCCAUGCAGUGGUGAUGGCACUCUGCGCAAGGCUCCUGAUAUAUGGAGGAAAUGGAAUGCUGGAAAUGGUAACGGUCUCCAUGGGCUACAGAUUCAGAUAGCAAUGCGAGGAUUGUCUUUGCUUAAAGUAGGUGGAAGGAUGGUUUAUUCGACUUGCUCAAUGAAUCCCAUUGAGAACGAGGCCGUGGUUGCUGAGAUCUUACGGAGAUGUGGGGAGUCCGUUGAACUUGUUGAUGUGUCCAGUGAGGUUCCACAACUUGUUCGCAGACCAGGUCUUAAAAAAUGGAAGGUUCGAGAUAAAGGAGCGUGGUGGACUUCUUAUAAAGAUGUUCCUGAGGGUCGUAGAAAUGCAAUUGUUCCAGGGAUGUUCCCCUCUGGCAAAACCUACUUGGAUACAUCUGAGAAAAAUGAUGAUGCAACUAGAGACCAAUUGUCUGAUAAUGGAAAUAAUGCCAAUGUCAUUGAGGUGUUGGAAGAUCCAGCAACUGCAGCUACGAUCUUGGAUGAGGAAGUUUCAACUCUACCUCUGGAACGUUGUAUGAGGAUAGUGCCGCAUGAUCAGAAUAGUGGAGCCUUCUUUGUUUCCGUAUUUCAAAAGGUCUCUCCUUUGGCGGCUGCAGCCUUUCAGCAGAAGAAACCUGUGUCUUCGCGAGGGAAGCCAAAUUCCAGUGAUGUUAUUCAAGCGGAAAGUUUAAGAACUAAGGUCGAAGGAGAUGUGAAUGUAGAGGAUGUCAAGCCAGUGGAUUCUGUUGGUACCCAAGAAGUGACUAUGGAUGAUGCUGAUAUUCAAGCUGAAAGUGUAACAACUAAGGUCAAAGAAGAUGAAAAUACCGAGGAUGUUAAGCCAGUGGAUUCUGUUGGUAGCGAAGAUGUGACUAUGGAUGAGGCUGGCAAUGGAACAGAUGAAACUGCUUUGGAUACUGAGCCCAGUGAAAUAUUGGAGAAAACCGAGAAAGAGGAAACUCAACCUUCAACUGAUACAAGAGCUGAGCCCGAGACUGUGAGAGGGAAAAGAAAGUUACAAAUACAAGGCAAGUGGAGAGGGGUUGACCCGGUUAUAUUUUACAAGGAGGAGGCAGUUGUGAGUAAGAUAAAGGAUUUCUACGGUAUCAAGGAAUCCUUUCUAUUCGAAGGACAUUUGAUUACCAGGAAUAGUGAUAUGAACCAUGUCAAGAGAAUUUAUUAUGUCUCAAAGUCUGUGAAGGAAGUUUUGCAUCUCAAUUUUCUAGCUGGUCAGCAGCUUAAAAUAGCUUCAGUUGGGCUCAAGAUGUUUGAGCGCCAAACAUCAAAAGAUGGUGCAUCUGCACCAUGUAUAUUCCGCAUAUCAUCUGAAGGAUUGCCAUUAAUGCUGCCACAUAUAACAAAACAAAUAUUAUACGCAUCUCCUGCAGACUUCAAGCAUCUUCUGCAGUACAAGAGCAUUAAAUUGGGUGAUUUUGUGGAUGCUGAAUUUGGUGAAAAGGCCUCACAGCUGUUGAUGGGUUGUUGUGUGGUAGUUCUGAACAAAGAAAAUAAGGCGUUGUCAGAGGCUCAAGCGGAUCCAUCAACUAUCGCCAUAGGAUGCUGGAGAGGUAGGGCUAAUAUAUCAGUAAUGGUCACUGCACUCGAUUGCCAAGAACUUCUUGAAAGGAUGUCAAUGGGCGUGGAGGAGGAAACAAAAGCGUCCUCGCCAGAAAUCAUGCCAUCAACUAACAAGGCAGAUGAAAUAGUUGAAGCAGUGGAAGAUGAAGUUAAAGAAAACUCAGAACAACCAUGAGAACACUCAUAUUAUAAAACUUAACAAUUUUGGAGGUUGUUAUAGGUGUACCAUGAUAGUGAAUUUAGUAAUUGCUUGUUUGUAGGUUACUCAAGUUUAUUCAAUAUAUCUA